CCAUUGUCUUUCUGGGCCUCUUUGCAUGUCAACACGAAUGACAUGCACAGUGCUCCGAAAAAGCACUAUCGUAGCCUCUUAGGUAGCUGACAAGAACAAAUUGUACACUUGAAAUGAUCUACGCUUCCACUUUACCGUACAGGCUCACGGAGCUAUGAAUCUCAGGAGGUUUGGAAUCUCGCUCUCUUUCGCUCGAGACACAGAUGCUUGAGUGCAUCUCCCCUCCACUAUCAUGGCGACCUAUGACUCUCGAGACUCCUCUGAGCUGUCUGCAGAUAUGGAGGGAUGGAAGUAGUCUUAACUUGCAGUAGCAGUACGUGCCUCGUAUGCAGUUGCCAAUGCGCCUGGUUUCUCUAAUUAUAAAUUUUACCCGAGGGCCUGAGCACUAGCUACAGGCCGCACUGCCAAGCCGCCUACCUCGUGGAGAAUUUGCUUGCAGAAGCGCGAGGAUACAAGGCUUCAGGUGUGUGAGAGAUCUAUCUAAUGACGAGACUCGUUCGCCAGAGCGAGCAUGUGAGAGAUCCAGGAAUUCAUUGGCUUGGCGACCAAAUUGGCGUGCGAACCAUGUGUUUCUUUACCUCACAUGGAAAAGUUAUUUCAGGUUUUCGGGAUCAAUAAUCGAAGCCAUAUAUUGAGGAGAGUGGAGAGGAACUCAGCUAUAGCACAUUGAGUGAUCAUUGUGGGAACAUUGAUUUGGUCCGGUGAUUAUGACUGCUGCGUAGUGUACUCCAUUCACUUCCUUGUGAAUGAGGUCUGGGCAAGCUUUGAAGCCUCCGAUUACAAUGCCGCGCAUGACACACACUCUCUCUCUCUCUCUAAAAUCGAUCUGCGAUUGUUCCUUCAGCUUCAAUGGUUGACGUUCGAAACGCCAAGCAUUGAGUACUCUCUACCUCUCUCUUGGCGCUUAUGUACACAAGAAGGCACAGUCCAUAACGUCCAUCAAGGAAUGUCACAGGCGCUGUGGUUGUUAGCUCUUCAUAAUGAGUUGACUCGGAUGUAAAGAAGAAAGAUGAAUUGAUGAAGGAAAGCGACAGGACUGCCAGAUCCUUUGAGCACCAUCCAAGGAUAGGAAAAAAACAAAAAUGUUGGCAAUCCGUGAAGUCAAUCUUCUUCGUUCUUCAUAACUUCGUGCACUACGAUUGCAGAGCAAAGCAGAGCAGACAAGAGAGAAGAAGUCUUCGGGUGAUACAUCGACCCUCCGACACUCCACCGCUCACUUUCACAGACCCAGAAAGUAAACCCUCGCAUCCCUGGGCAGCUGCUCAUCCUCUCGACACCCCUGCGGAACCCAAUCAUCGAUCCCUCCCACUCAGUCACGAAGCUUCGUCUUGACAUUGCCAUGGGAGGUGGCUACACCAGAACUUUCCAGAAUGCCCAGAAGUCGACUGGGGCCCCAACGCAGCAGCGAUCACUUGCCAAGCCCCAACCAACAACACGAGCCCGAUCAUCCUAUGACCCAAGCUUCGCCACAGUCUGCUGCUCGGCCUGGAUCAUCAGCGCCACUGUCCUCACCGAAUCUCGAAACUCCAAUCUGUCAGAAGGCUCAGAACUCCGAUGAUGCCUCGCCUUUGUCCCCGGACAGCGUCUUAAUUGGAAGAGCUUAAUAAUUGCUCCCGGUGGGAAGGUUUGCGCCUGUCAAGGCGGGGGGAUAUUUGGAGGGAAAAGCCAAAAGGGGGCUCACAGAGUCACACGAAACGAAAUCCGACCCUCGAGAGGGUUCUGGAGAGAGGCGCUGAGUGGCGUCUGACAUCUGAGCCCCCCGGACGAACCUACCCCCUCCCCUAGCCCAGGCCCCGCUGCCCAGGGCUCCGAUUGGGCGGCUCCGGAAGGAAGAUCCGGAAUCUCGGCGCGCAUUUAUCCAGGUGUCGGCCCGAGUGCAAGUCAACCCCCGCUCGCGCUUCGGUCGACGGCCGAACGUUGCCGAGGUGAACGUUCGAGGCUGCAGGGGCU